UUACUGAGGGUCCUUUUUGAAGAGCUAUUAUUAUUUUUAUUAAUGUGUUUAAUUAUUGGCAAACCAAACGCCUGUUGCUCAAUAAUGAGAUAAAAAUUAAAGUAUAAGCUCAGAAAAUAGUCACGUUAAGGUAUGGCGUCGCCGUCACAGCCACCGAGGCAAGAAAUUGGGGUGGGGGUGUUCCUGGUCAACGGGAAUAAAGUGUUGCUCGGCCGCCGCCGCACCCCCGUCGGCUCAGGAACCUUCGCCCUUCCCGGCGGUCACCUCGAAUUCGGGGAAAGCUUUGAGGAGUGUGCAGCCCGGGAAGUGAAGGAGGAAACAGGGCUAGACGUCACCGGUGUUGAGUUUGUGAUGGUUACAAACAAUGUCUUGUCCAAACCAAAACCAGUGCAGUUAAUAGCAAUUCUAAUGCGUGCUGCCUUAGUCGAUCCGGGUCAGAAGCUGAUCAAUCCUGAGCCAGAUAAAUGCGACGGCUGGGAUUGGUAUGAUUGGAAUGAUCUUCCAAAACCUUUAUUUGAACCUUUAGAAACUGCAAUCUUACAUGGUGUCAAUCCCUUUGCUAGUCGUUUAGGACAAUGAUUGCUGGUCUGUUUCUUGGCUUGGUAACUUAAAUAAAUUGCCUGAUUCUUGAUGAAAAACAAUGACAUUUCUAUGGUAUUAUGGAACUUAGCUUGAAGAAUCACUAGGCAUAAAUCUGUCACAAAUUAUAUGCAUCUUUUGUUCUGGGAUUGUAAGCAUUUGUUAUAAUCAAUCCUAGGUUGCCUUUGAUUUCAUUGCACUGAAAUUUGGAUCUU